AUGCUGUUUAGGAGAGAGAGAGAAGGAGAUUACGAAAUGAGUGAGCGUGUAGAACGUGGUUUCUUCCUUUUCUUCUGCUUCCUCGUUCUGGCGGUGGAGGUGAGAGGUUGGGAUUGGGAUCGUGAGAAAUGUGAUUUGUUCACGGGGACAUGGGUGGUGGAUGAAUCGUACCCGCUGUAUGAGCCGUCCACGUGUCCCUUCAUCGAGCGCGAGUUCAGGUGCGAACCGAAUGGACGCCCUGACCGGAUUUACACCCACUAUCGGUGGCACCCACUCGCCUGCAAUUUACUCAGAUUUGACGGCCGGGAUUUUCUAGAGAAGAUGAGAGGGAAGAGCAUCAUGUUCGUGGGAGAUUCACUGAGCAGAAAUCAAUGGCAGUCAUUGACUUGCUUGCUUCAUUCAUCAGUCCCCAAUUCAACUUAUACUUUGACUAGAGUUGGAGAUGUUUCCACUUUCACAUUUACGGAGUAUAGGGUUAAAGUGAUGCUAGAUAGGAGCGUGUAUCUGGUUGACGUUGUGAGAGAGAAAAUAGGGAGGGUGUUGAAGCUUGAUUCAAUAGAAGGAAGCAAAUUGUGGCAAGGGAUUGACAUGCUUAUCUUCAACACAUGGCACUGGUGGUACCGUAGAGGACCCACUCAACCAUGGGAUUAUAUCCAACUAGGAAGUGAAAUUUUGAAAGACAUGGAUCGAAUGAAGGCUUUUGAAGAAGCACUUAAGACGUGGGGUAAAUGGGUUGACGCCAACGUUGACCCUACAAAAGUGAAGGUCUUUUUUCAAGGAAUUUCCCCAUCUCACUACAAUGGCAGCCUAUGGAAUGAGCCAAGUGCAAGGAGUUGCAUCGGGCAGAAGACACCGGUGCCGGGAUCAACCUACCCCGGCGGAUUGCCGCCGGCCGUGGCGGUGCUAAAGAGUGUGCUGGGCACAAUCAGGAAACCGGUGACGCUGCUAGACAUCACAACCCUAUCACUGCUAAGGAAAGACGGACACCCUUCCAUUUAUGGUCUGACUGGAGCUGCAGGAAUGGAUUGCAGCCACUGGUGUCUUGCCGGUGUUCCAGACGCUUGGAAUGAAAUACUUUACAACCUUAUUUGA